AUGGCAUCGGAUACGUUCAGCAGGCUGGAGUCUGCAUCGACUCAGGAUGAAACAUUGCGACAGCUGAAGGAGUUGAAGAAUGCCAUUAUCGGCAAUACUUGGAGAAAGGUCGAAGUUGCACAGGAUGAGCAUCUGAUCCAGUUUCUUCUAGGACUCAUUGGAGUUCCAUCCAUCGGUGCUGGGAAACCGCAGCUGGACAUCAUCAACGAGACGGUCGUUAUUUUCGCUUCAUUAGCAAAUGUCGGCCCUCUGACACUACGACCGCUACUCGCCGCAGAGGUUCCGGCUCACCUGCUGAAUCUGGUCAAUUCUAUCAAUCGUCGAUCUGUUGGCUCUCCAACAAGUUCCGGUACUCGCUUACUCGCUCCUGUCCUCCGAGCCUUGCGGAAUAUCCUUGUUUCGACUGCAGAUACUAUCUGGGGCCAGCCAUGGGGAGUGGGAGUGGAGAGAAAGGUCGUGGAUACCGGCUUGAUGAGAGAGGAAGAUGAACAGAGUGUCCAGAGUCGGAAAGGGAAGGGUGUGGCCAGCAGCAAAGGUCCAGAAUGGAGCGAUAUGGUGUCUCAGACUCUACCUCUGAUCUUUGAGCCGGAUAAUCUUGAUUCUUUACUGUCACUGAUCUAUAUUGACGGAGAUCCUCAAACCCUGCUUCCCCUCUUUCAACUUCUCGCCAGACUCAUCGCGCUGCCAUAUCAUCGCAGGAUUCUGGCCUCAUGGACUCCCCCAGAAUAUAUUCUCGACGGUGAGACUUGCCCUGGCGUUUCGCCAGGCUCUUGUCCUGUCGUUGUGGAUUAUCUUUUACAGAGUCUGACCACGACGACUGCCGUCCCUGGACGGAAAUCUAAUGCAAAAUACCUCGAAGCGAUCCUCGACCUAGUCGCUGCGACUGUCAAAGGCCAGCCUAAGCUUGCAAACCUGGUCCGGAAAUGGAGUCCGAGUGGUACGCGAACGCCAGACUCAGGGGACCAACAUGAAUCAGCAGAAAAGGAUCAAAGUGGAACUGUACCCAUCCUGGUGGACCUCCUGCGCUCAAACUUUACGUCCGUCCGGAUCGCAGCUGCAGCUUGCCUUACCAAUCUUGUAAAGGCUGAAAAAGGCUCCAGAUCUGUCGAGAGGAUUCGAUCAGCCGUGAUGACGCUUCAGAUCCUGGUGGGGGUUGUCGGACUUUUGAGAUCAGAGGGACUGGAAGAGAAAGUGAAGCUAUGUUUCAUCCUGGCUGCUCUCGUAUCCGACGACGCACGUCUUCAGAAGAGCGCCGCGGAUCAGGGUUGCUCGACACUGAUUAUGGAAUUCUACUUUGACGUGGACAAAGGCCUUGAAAGGGGAGAUUUUGGCAUAGACGUAGCGUCAAGAGGCAAAGAGGCCGCUUUGCUGGCUCUAGCUGCUCUGUCAUUCCAGCACGAGCCGACCAGAGCCAUGAUUGCCGAAGCUGUUCCAGCCUUCUUACCCCAAAUACUCAAAUGUCUGUCUCACCCUUCCUAUGGUGUCCGAGCUGCCGCCUGUCAACUCACUCGAGCUCUAUCAAGGACAGUCGCUAUCCUGCGGACGAGUCUGGUCGAUAGCGGCGUGGGUGAAGAAGUCAUCAUGACGCUCAAAAGGGAAGUAGAAAAUCAUUCGAAGUUGGCCAAGGAUCCGAGUUCCAUUGGAGAAGACGAUGCGGAGGGUAGCCAGGACCAUACCGUUGAAGUCGCCGCUACUGCGACCCUGUGCAAUCUCAUAGCUGAUUAUUCUCCUCUCAAAAUGGCACUUCUUCGAGAGGGCGGUUUGGAACUACUGUGCAGCCUCACACAUUCACCCUCGGAACCACUGGCAUUGAACGCUCUGUGGGCUCUGAAGAACCUUGUCUUCCACGGGCUUGAGAGUCUGAAGAGCCAAGUGAUGUCUGUUCUCACCUGGUCCUCGCUGAGAGAUUUCAUCGAUUCGACCACUUCUCUGCCACUCCGCGUACAAGCAAUGGAGAUUCUGCAGAAUAUCCUCGCUGAUGCAACACCUGCCGAGAUAUCUAAAGCCGUAGAUCAUCUCGGCGAGGAAGACACCAUUCAUCUCCUCAAGGAAGCGGUUGGGACUGGCAGCAACACCGAAUUGAGAGUAUCGGCUCUGUUCGUGUUCUCGAAUCUCGCAUUAGGAAAUGACAAGGCUAGGGCAAUGAUGACUUCUCGGCCAGAGAUUUUGAAUCUCCUAUCUGAGGCUUUGAAUGCAAAGGAGAAUGCCGUCAAGAUCCCCGCACUGCGAUGCCUAAGACAUCUCGUCGAGACCAAUGCCAAAUCCCGUCGACCUCGUCAAGCUGUCGUAGACCUUCUCGGUCCUUAUGGUCUUAAAGGGAGACUAAAGAAUCUAGCCGAUCAUAAUCCAUCUCUUGAUGUGUGUCACGCAGCUACGAACCUGUUGGAAGUGUUAGAGCGGAGCAGAGAGAGUGGGGUCACCUCGCCGACCGGUACACCUACCCGAGCCAUAGAUGUCAGAUGA